GUCAUCAUCGUACUCACCAUGAGCUCGGACUUGAGAUCUUUGCGGGACAUUAUCUCGUCUUCCGUGGACAACAUACUCAAUGCCUGUGAAAGCGCUGGAAAGAUCUUUCCUUCGCUCGACGAGCCUGUCCAGCUGUCAGAGUUCACUCCGGAGGGCAUUCGCAAUCAGCCCGCUGUCGCGCAAUCUAUAGCGCUGAUUUGUGCUGCAGCAACUCAACUUAUCGCGACGGUUCGGCCACCACCUGCCACGCUGACUGUAUCGGCCUUUGGAUAUACUCUCCCUGCAGCACUUGGUGUAGCAGAAGCGGGUAAUGUUCCGGAGAUCCUUAGGGAAGCCGGGCCGAAGGGGAUGCAUGUCAAAGAAAUAGCCGAGAAAGCUGGAAUGGACCACCACAAACUAUCGCGUGUUCUCAGAUACCUCGCUACCAAUCAUUGGUUCCGCGAAGUCAGCCCAGAAGUGUUCGCAAAUAACAUGCUGUCGUCGCUGCUAGACACCGGAAAGGAAAUCACAAAGAACUUCGCGUUAACGAAACACGAUAACUCGCCCGGAAUGGCGGCAUUGGCUGGCUACGGAGGCGAUGAGGCGAUAAAGGCGGCUUCGUAUCUUCGAGAAGCCCUGACGGAUGAGAAAACGAAGUUUUCACAAGAGGCUAAACACAGUGCUGUUCAGAAGGCACUUGGAAUUGAUGAGACACUCUGGGAAUUCUACGACCGCCCCGAAAACGAACUCCGGCGUAAGAGAUUCGCUAUAGUGAUGGCUGGCUCAAAUAGGUUACAACCUCCAGAAUCAAUCCUAUACGGUUUUGAUUGGGGAAGUCUUCCUAAGGGAGGGAUUGUCGUGGAUGUGGGAGGAGGACUGGGCCAAGUCUCGCUUGAAGUCUCAAAGGCUCAUCCAGACUUACGGGUAGUCCUGGAAGACCGCCCGUUAAUCAUCGAACAGGCGAAGCAGUUCUGGCAAGAGAAUCUUCCAAGAUCAGUCACGGGUUGCAAAGUCCAGUUCAUCGGAACGGACUUCUUUGAAGCCCAGCCCAAGCUUCCGGGAACUCCGGAUGUCUUCCUUCUGAGGAUGAUCACGCACGACUGGGCAGACCUUUACGCGAUCAAGAUCUUGCGCCGUCUGCGGGAUGCAGCAGGACCAAACACGAAGCUCAUCCUAAUCGAUUGCGUACUAGACUAUGCGUGCGGUUCAGGCGAAAACAAGCCUCCUCCACCACUUCUCGGAAAUCUUGGUGGCGGAAACCUUCUCUCGUAUAGCGUGGACUUGACGGUCUUCGGCAUGCUCAAUGCAGGGGAACGCACAGCACUUGGUUUUGAAGAGAUACUUUCGGCCUCCGGUUGGCAACUCCAGGAGAUCCGCAAGAGCCCUGUCAGCCCAAUGUGGUGGCCGAGCAUCAUUUCCGUUCCAAAGUGAAGUAAAGGUUCCCGUAUUUACGGAAGAAACUCACGAGCCCAAGGACUAUUCCCAAUGUAACAAAACGAAGUAUCGAUAUUGCACAAUAUGAUGUACGUUGAUUACGGCUGAAACUUGAAAUAUUUUCGAAGAUGACCAUCUAUGAGACAUAACGCCGUAAGGUAAUUGCAAUGAGGCUCACUAUGAACGCUAUUAGGUGAGACAAAAGGUCGAAGGAUUUCCUUAUCGCACGCAAGGAUGAAUUAAAACAGAACUGCAGUUUGAAGCUGUUUCAACCUAUUCGAAAAAUUCGCCUGCCUCGUUCGGCUUAGCUAAGGUGAAACGCAGGCUUAGUCCGACGGCCACCAUCAUC